AUGCGCCCACUGCGCGAGGAUGAGGAGAGCUGGCAUGAGCAAAUUAGGGGCAAUUUUAUGUAUCCGGUUGCUGAUGCCUUUGCCUCGCCGCCUACUACGACUGAAGGUGCGCAAUUCCCUAAACCUCGUCCUUUGCGCUCUGUGAUUUCUGCUGGGAAAGAGGUUGUCUAUCUUUCCAGCAAGGAGUCUGUAGGGUCUUCAAACGGCGAGCUAAGUCCGUGGUCUAACGUCUUUGCAGGCUUAUCGCGCACAGCUGAGACAAAGACUGGAGCAGGUGGAUCAAGGAGCUCUGGGAGCGCGAGUUCUCGUAACCCUGAUGCUGGCGCGACUCCUUCCAUUGCUGCGCACGAAGAAGAGGAAACUGAAGAAGAAGAGGAUGUUGCUGCACAUUUGGUCAGCAGAAAAAGGGUUAGGAGCGAGACCACAUCUGGUGUGGUUGCUGCGCCGCUAACUGAGAUCAAGAAGAAAACCCCGGAGAAGGGGGUUAAGUUUACUGAGCCAGAGCCAAAGAGGCCGAAGAUCACCAUCAAAUCUUCUCAGACUAUUGGUGGUGAGUCUGCUAAAGAGAAGAAUGUUGCUGAGAAAGAUGUGGCGAAGGCUGUUGAGGCGCAGAGAAAGGCUGAGGAGCGCCAGAAGAAGGUGGAGGAAGAGAAAAAAAGGAAAGCUGAGGAAGAUAAGAAGAAGAAGGCUGAGGAGGAGAAGAGAGCCGAAGAGGCGAGGAAGAAGAGGGCCUCGGAGUUGGAGAAGGAGAGGGAACAGAAGAAGGCUGUGGAAAAGCCUGUCGAUGUUCCGGAGUUUGAAAUCCUUAAGGGUCCUGAGAGGAGGCAAGAGCCUGAAGUCAGCAAACCUACCCACCCCGCGCAUGCUGAGGCCCAUGAUCGUUCAAAGAUAGUCACUUCCAAGGGGUCGGGUCGGUAUGUUUCCAGUGGCGCGAGCUCUGGUGGGGCUGGGGGCUACAACCCGAAUAUCAUUGGGGCGAAGGACACCGUUGGUGAUAUUUAUUAUAAGAGUUACACCGAGGAAGAACGUGGUAAUGUUCCUCACCAAGCUCCCUGGGGUUUGAAGCAAAGGGACACUUUUCAGGAAUUCGGGCCCUGCCGCGAUUGGUUUUUAAACUCUUUUACUCCCGGCGAGGUUAACCGGCAGAGGGCGAAGACCCAUGAAAUGUUGUACCGAACUUAUGUGAUCGGGGAGGCCAAUGCUCGCGCCGCUAAUCAUCAGAUAGUUCGUGAGUGGCGAACGAUGGUUAGGGAGCGGGCGGAUUGGGAGGGUUACCGCGAGCGGAUGCUGAAACGUAUCACCGACUUUGAGAAGUCCAAAGCUGCCUUUGAUGAGGAGAAGGCCAAGUUUGAUGCGGAUAAGAAGGCAGAGGAAUGGGGGCGCGGGGGCCUUAAGAAUAAACUUCAAGCUGCUGAACAACAACUGGCCAAGGAGAACGCCGAGUUCAAGCGUAUAUGCGAGAAGGAUAAUGAGCGCGCCUUCGCGGCUCGGAACAAGAUUGUUGAGCUUGAAGCUAAAAUUGCGGAGCUUACUGCUAGGGUUGAGGAUGCGCAGGCUGCACAGGUUGCCAAGCAGCAGAUUGAGGUUGAGUUGGCUGACGUGAAGGUGCAAUUGUCUGGCAAAGAUAAGGAUCUGCAGGCCAAGGACGUCGAGAUUGCUGAUCUUAAAAGACGCCUGAAUGACCAGAUUGAUAGGUGCGAGUCCUUAGAAAUCGACCUUGAAGCAGAAAAAGUUAAGGCUGCCACUGCUGAAGAGGCGCGUGCUGUCAGUGCCGCCGCUCUUAAUGUAGCGCAGACCAACUACUCAGAGGCCCAAGGAAUCAUUGAUACGCUUGUCUCUGAGGCCGAAUGGAUGCGCGGUCGCGGAGUAGUGCUGGUUGCCAACUCUAUCCUCAACACUGGGGAGCUAGAUCGCGCUGUUGCUGCACUGACAGACGCUGCGCGCGCGGCUAACGUCGAGUUGACGCGUGCUGAGAGUGCUUAUGAUAACUUUUCCUUGCCUGUGAUAGACUUGGUAGUAGAGGCUUUAAAGAAGGAUGACUGGUGUCAGCGUCUCAAGGCCAUUCUCGAUCCACCGGUGACUGUUAAACUGUCAGAUGAAGAGGAAACAGCUGGUGAUGAUGGUGGGAAUGGUGGUGACGAUGGUGGAAACGAUGAUGACGGUGAUGAUGAUGGUGAUCAAUCAUGA